CUUCCAACAUUCAAUAACAGUAAUAUGAAUAUCAGCUUGUACUCCAGUUUGCUGAACAUUCGACAUUACAGAUUAGAUCUCCGAUUCAACCGUCAGAAUAAACGGCACUACCAGCUCAGGUUAAACUCACAUCCUAAUUCACGUAAAUCGCCUGCUAUUACUGAUAGACUACGCCAGCCUCUAAAUAUAAGGGCCAAUGCAACUAUUGAUAAGUUUGCCUCAAAACGACUUUACACAACGACGAAAAGCUUGCAAAUUCCUCAAAGUGCUAACCCUCUUCUCGAGAAUGCGGUCCUCCCAAUAGAUUCUGCGGCUUUGGAAACUAAUAUUUACCCCAAAAUUUUGGAUCCUUCUCUGCUCCCUUUCUCUCCUGAUGUGUUACCUGCACAUAUUUGGUUCUUUAUUCAAGAGGAGCUCUGGAUUCCAAUUUGGGCGGCUAUCGCGCUUACUACCCUGUCCAUCCGAAUAUUGGCUUUACCUGUUUUUAUUUAUCAGGUGAGAAACAUGGCUAUUCUAAGGAUGCUUUCUCCUAAGAUUCAGAUGAUAAAAACCCACAUAAACCAAAGCAAAUACAAAGAUGACUUGGUAAUGACGAAAUAUUGGAAGGAUCAACUCAACAUGCUAUAUAAAAUCUACCAAGUGUCGCCUCUUAAAAACUUUACCAGUCUAAUUGUAACACUACCGUUGAAUGCAGCACAAUUUCUAGCAGCGAGGUUCUUGAUAGUCCAUGCUCCAGAGUUAUUAUCUGAGCCUGCUCCUUUUUGGUUUAAUAGCCUAACUUCCGUCGACACCUACUUUUUACCAGCCAUCUACGUCAUCCUCCAGCUAUCAAUUCUUGCCGUAAAUCUGCCCGCACAUACUAUUGCGCUGGGAAAACUAGGCAUUAUUCCGACUUAUUUAAAAUUGGGUCUGGCUAUUUAUGUUUUAGUGUUGGCGUUUCUUGCUACUAAAAUACCAGUUAUUAUGGCCGCCAUUUGGAUUCCAUCUAUGUUAUUUACUCUAAUAUCAGGCGUUUUAUUUCGGUUACCAACUGUUUGUGGAAUUUUUAGCGUUGCACUACAGCUUCCCACUAAAAGGCCUCAGAGUCUACCUCCACCACCUCCGAGGCCUUCGCAUGACUACCGAACAGGGUUGUUGUCAACAACAGAAAAGAUACCGAAGUAAAUGGUGGCCAUGUCUAGAGGAUCCAAUAAAUUUAUUUAUGUAAAAGCCUAAUUUUUCUGUCCACAGAUAGGAUGAGAAAGCAUGAAGCAUGCUUACACUUGUAAUUAUUUCUAACUUUACGAUCUUACACAUAGAAACAUGGAUCCACCUAUUUUAAGAACACCUGAUAGAUAACAGUAUAUUUUUUUCGGGUAUUGAAAAGAUUCAUUUGCACAAAGUGGCUUUUUCAUAUUUAUACAUCUGGCUACAGACAUUUUUAUCUGUCUCUUUUGAGUGAUGAGCCAUUGGGAUAACAUUCCAACCUCGGAUUACAAACACUUGGACACUUUAGACAUAGAUUACGCUCAUCUUGCUUCAAACUGCAAAAUCAAGAUGCAAACGCCUGAAAUAACUGCUUCUAAAACAGAUUUUCCUCUGAAUAAAUUUGACGUCUCUAGCAAGAGUUUUGAUUUUUUACCUACAUCCGAAUCUAGUGUGUAUAAUAAUUUUCAAAAAAUACAAAGUUAUAAUCCCUCUAUGAAACUUAACCAACCUGAUGCUGGACAAACUGGAUACGCAUGUGCAGCGUCGAAUUACAACCAAAGCAAUUUUUCCCUAACUGAUCAAAAUGACUUUUUUUGCAUGGAUCCAAAUAAACUGAACGACAUCAGCGAUUUUUCGGACAUGGCUUACCAGUCUAUUUCCACUGACUAUUAUGACACAGAAUUUUCUAGCACGAACUUUGGAUACGAAAAUUGUCUCGAAGAAGAUGAGAAAUUAAAAACCAAAUUGCUCGAGUUAAUACUCAUCUGCAAAAGGAAUUUGCAGCAAUUGGUAGAGCCACCUGCAUUUGCUAAGCCACUUACGCAUGACCUGAACCUUGAUUUCCUGCUUGAUAGGCUUUUGAUAACACCUCGAGAACUAGCAACUGAUGCCUCUAAUUUUUCGGUUCAGAAAUUUGCAAAAACACUGGAAACCCUCAAAUCUUGGUAUCGCAUAGAACAGAAAAACCUCGUGUUUGUGUGUAAACAAUUCGUUUCGUGGAUACUGCAUUCAAUGCAGCCAUCAAUUAGACAGGGCCUCAUUAGUAUCGAAGAAGUCAAAAAAAAAUGUGCAUUGAUGGCUUCUCGAUUUGACAUUUUGAGACUGAAUCUCUAUAAUUCUAUCACACAGGUCAUCAUUUUACUUUACGAGAAGUAUGGCCUGAAUAACAGGAAGCGGAGGCAACUACCAAACACUUCCACUAGCGUAUUAUGUGAAUGGCUUGACUCGCACAUAGACAAUCCUUACCCUACGGAUUCUGAAAAACUAAAACUGAGCAAAAUGUCGUCUCUAUCUCCAGUUCAAAUAAAUACUUGGUUCGGAAACAAGCGCGUGAGGGAUCCUAGACUUAAUCUGAACAGAAAGGGAUCAAACUACGGCCAAAACGAUAGUUCACCUGCAUUCUGUCAAAGUCCAGAAUCUGACUCGCUGUCUCGAUAAUUUUUGAAAUUACAGAUAUCUUUCAGACGGACAGGAUAUUUGUAAAUGCUAAUUCAAAUACUCAGUGAUUUAAUUUGUAUUUUCAACUUCCAGGAGCAAUUGAUGCAAGAGUCGCAAAAUAAUUAAAACUCAAACUUUGUUGGCAUAGACGUCUUUAAGCUUUUCUUUCUGGCAAGUCGAGACUCUAAAGAAUUAUAAUAACUGAGAAGAUGCCAAUACUGAUUCUUUGCUUCUGCAAGUUUUUCCGUAAGCAUGUUGCACUGUGUGUAAUUCUGUAUCUCUCGCUCUAUAUCUAAUUGAUUUUUGAUAGCCUCGUUUAUCGAGUUAGCCAGGCGAAUAUUCGCAUUGAUAAGCUGCUGUUUUUUGGUCAAAAAAUUUUUUUGUUCUAGCCGAUCUAGAAGUGUUUUUUCUUUUUCUUUAAGCUGUUGAAUUUCAGUGUUCAAUUGAGCC